AUGGCGCGGAUCCUUAUUCUCUCGCUUCUUUUCGUGACCCUCGCGAUAGAGUCCGCCCGAUCGAGUGACAUCGUAGACCUCGCGUGCGAUGAUGACCUCGAUUGCGAACCAUUCCGCAGCGCGUCCGUCAACUCCACGUGCGUGCUGGAACAGUGCCGGUGCACUGACCUGCUGCAGGGUGGCAAUGCCACCGAGUGCAAACCAUUGGUCAACCGAGUGUCGAACCAGAUUGGCGGUCAAUGUCCGUGUCAGGUUGCGAAUUCGUUUUGCGACGAGAAGACGCACCGAUGCGUCUGCAAUGAUGGCUUCCUGCCAAGCCGCGUGGAGAAAAAGUGCGUCCACAAAUCCGUACCACUUGGAGGUGAGUGUGAAAACAACGAGCAGUGCUCCAACGAGGAUCACUUUGCGGACUGUGACGGAACGAAACAGGUUUGCCAGUGCCGGGAGCAUUUCGUCAUCUACGCCGGUGCCUGCCAUUCGCUGAUAGCCGUCGCCAAUCUCUCGAAACCGUGCGAAACCGACGAUGAAUGCUCGAAUGGGACGGCUCAUUCGGUGUGCCAUGGUGGACAGUGCCUUUGCGGGACCGGCCACAUCGCGGACGCCACCAACAGUAGCUGCCUUGCGGUGGCUGAGCUCGAUCAGCCUUGCACCGACUCGAACCAGUGCAUUGCCACGCUCGGGGUCGGUUCGGUGUGCUAUCAGCAACGGUGUGUCUGCGAUAGCAAUCACUUCCAGUUUCCGCUGCACGACACCAAGGUGGCUGCUGAUGGUCAGCAGAGGAUACGAAACGUGUGCGAGCGGAAAAUCGUGCAUGGAGAUAGCUGCAACGACAAUCAAAAUUGCUACAACUUCCACGUUGGACCGCACGAGCAGUCGAUGGAGUGCUUCAUGAACGUUUGCGUUUGUUUGAACGGAUUCAUCGAGAAGGAUCAUGUGUGCCUGAAAGCUAGUUCGGGUACGAUUUUAGCAGCCACAUCUAUUUUACUUAUCAUCCCCAGCUUUCUCGUGGCUAUUUUCAAAACGCUAUGA